AUGCAGCCAAUCUAUUUUUCACACAACUUGUACACCAAGAAAUUUCACAUGCCUUCCCUUGGCUUGGUUCUGGUGCUACUGAUCUCUUUGGUCUCUCCGAUCAGCUCCUGCACGGAACAGGAGAAGAGCUCCCUUCUCCAGUUCCUUGCUGGGCUUUCGCAGGACUCCGGCCUCACGUCAUCGUGGCGGAGUCACACAAACUGCUGCACAUGGGAAGGGAUAACCUGCAACCAAGAUUGGAAGGUCACCGAUAUUUCGCUGCCUUCUCGGGGACUUGAGGGGUCCAUCUCACCAUUGCUUGGUAACCUCAGCGGGCUGUCACGCCUCAAUCUGUCACACAACUCGCUGUCUGGUGGCUUGCCGCUGGAACUGGUUUCAUCAAGCAGCAUCAUUGUUCUUGACGUCAGUUUCAACCGGCUGACAGGGGGACUACAUGAGGUACCAUCUUCAGCCACUACACGGCCUCUGCAGGUACUGAACAUCUCAAGCAACUUGUUUACAGGAAGGUUUCCAUCCACUGUAUGGGAGGUGAUGAAGAGUCUUGUUAUUCUCAAUGCCAGCACCAACAGUUUUACUGGCCAGAUACCAAGUGCAAACUGUGUUAGCACGCCAUAUUUUGCUGUCCUUGAACUCAGUUUUAACCAAUUCAGUGGAAACAUCCCCCAUGGGCUCAGUAAUUGCACUGUGCUGAAAUUGCUCAGUGCUGGCCACAACAAUCUCGGUGGGACUCUUCCAGAGGACCUUUUCAAUGUUACCUCAUUAGAGCACCUCUCUUUACCUAGCAAUUGGUUACAAGGAUCUCUCGACGGCAUCAGCAAACUCACAAAUCUGGUCAUCCUUGAUCUUGGAGGAAACUUUCUCAGUGGCAAUAUUCCAGGGUCUAUAGGUGACCUGAGGAGAUUGGGACACAACAACAUGUCAGGGGAGCUUCCAACAGCUCUAAGCAACUGCACAAAUCUUGUAACAGUUGACCUCAAGACCAACAUGUUCAGUGGAGAACUUUCCAAGGUCAACUUCUCCAACCUAUCCAAUCUCAAAAAAAUAGAUCUUCUGCGCAACCACUUCACCGGCAACAUUCCAGAUAGCCUAUACUCCUGCAGCAAGCUGACUGCACUACGUCUAUCUCACAACAAUUUCCACGGCCAGUUGUCAGAAAGAAUAGACAAUCUGAAGUCCCUCUCAUUCUUAUCACUUGUUAACAACUCCCUUACAGAUAUCACUAGAACUAUUCGGAUCCUUGGGAAAUCCCAGAGCCUCACCACCCUUUUUAUCGGGCUUAACUUCUUGCAUGAAACCAUGCCAGAGGAUGACAACAUUGAUGGUUUUCAGAAUCUCAAGGUUCUUUCCAUAAGUGAUUGUUCGUUGUCUGGAAAAAUACCUCACUGGUUAUCAAAUCUCACAAGUUUAGAAUUGUUAUUUCUACACAACAAUCAACUAACCGGGACAAUACCUGACUGGAUUAGCAGUCUAAACGUCCUCUUCUUUCUUGAUGUAUCAAACAACAAACUUAUAGGGGAAAUUCCGGCUGCCUUAAUGGAGAUGCCAAUGCUGAAAUCAGACAAGACUGCACCAAAGGUCUUCUUUGAGCUGCCUGUUUAUGCUUUCAGUCCAUCUUUGCAAUACCUAAUGCCCAGCGCAUAUCCUAAAGCACUGGACCUGAGCAUCAAUAACUUCACUGGUCAUAUACCUGAGAAGAUUGGUCAGUUGAAAGGACUCACUUUCCUCUAUUUGGGAUCCAACAAAUUAUCGGGAGAGAUCCCAGAAGCGAUCUGCACCCUUACGAACCUGCAGGUGCUUGACUUGUCCAGCAAUCAUCUCACUGGUACAAUUCCAGCUGAGCUAAACAAUCUACACUUCCUUUCAAACUUCAGCAUUUCCAAUAAUGACCUAGAAGGCCCUAUUCCAACCACGGGGCAGCUCAGCACGUUCCCUGGUUCUAGCUAUGAUGGAAACCCCAAACUGUGUGGCCCUAUGAUUGUAAAUCGUUGCGGUUCAACAGAAGCAGGUCCAGUCUCCAUUGUCUUGACAAAAGAGAUUGACACUGAGGUCAUCAUUGCGAUCGCCUUUGGUGCUUUCUUUAUAGUAGGGGUCAUGUACGAUCAGAUAGUCUUGGCCAGACAUUUUGGCUGAACUCUUGUAAUUAUUAUCAUGACCCCAAACCAUGACGCGAUCUUAAGUGGUUGUCAGUUCAGCAAGACCAUGUGAGUGGCUCCAGCCCUAGCAAGAUCAACAUCCCUGUAAACCUGGUAUCUUUACAUUCACUUUGUACUCUAUGUAACAGGAAAAUAAUUACUCCAGUGAGUGAGCAACGUCAAUAGUGUGUACGCAUA